AUGUCCGGACCAAACAAGUACGGAGAGUGGAUCCUGGAAACAAUCGACUCUCUCCGCUCGCGGAAAGCGCGCCCGGAUCUGGAGCGGAUUUGUCGAAUGGUCCGUAGACGACACGGGUCAGACCCAGACCGAACCCGGGUAGAACUGGAAAAACUGAUUCAAGAACAGACUGUGCUUAAAGUUAGCUACAAGGGCUCCAUCUCUUACCGGAAUGCGGCUAAGGUUCAGAGGAAAAGCAGAAAGAAGAUUGAAGACGUUAUAUACAACAACAGCAGCAACGGCGACAGCGCGCUCAGCUUCACCGAUCAGGAGGACGACUCGGAGCCCAGCCCGUCUCGACUGCAAACGGCGGCCGGCAAGCAGCACGCUUCUCCGGGCAGCCCGAGGAGCGUCGCGAGUGCAUCGCACGGAGAUGCACUCGGGCGAGAAAAGCCGGCCGGGGAUGACACCCGCAACCAAACUUACAAGCACACGGUUGCCCAGCAGUCGGAACUUCCCGGAUGGCAGUCGGACCCGGGCGACCCGCUGGGACAGGGACAGGCUUCGGUCCGCAGCCUGUCCGAGAAGCGCCUCCAGGGGACCGCCGCUCCCGUCGCCGCCGCCACAAAAGGCCCCGUCAAGCCGCUCGGGCUCAAGGAGAUUUUGGGCUAUCUGAGCAACCAGGAGGAGCGUUUCUCCGAGGAAAAGCUGACGAGGGGCAAAGUCAAAGUGGUUAUGGAAAGAGAGGUGGCCCGGGGCAGGCUGCGCAAGACCCGCUGCGGGAACAUCACUCUUCCCCUCAGGGGGAUGACGACAACGAAAGCGUCCGCCGGGAGUCUCACGCUGCAGCCCGCGAUAAAGAGUUCCGCGCAGAAUACUCAGAGAGGUAAAAAAGAACCCUUGCCGUCUUUCCAGGAGAGUGAGCCGAUGGAGGAAGAUGAUGUGCAAGAGGACAGUGAAGAAGAGGAGAAUCCCCGGAGUUCUAAUGAAGAAGCUGGACUUUCCCUGAUUGCCAUGGCAACCACAGCAGCCCUGGUUGAGAAAGCCAGUGAAGAACGUGAGAUCCAGAAACCAUCGGAAAAGGAAAGCGUCUGUCGUCAUCCAAAUCAUGACAAAGAUGCCUCUUCAGUUACGAAUCCCCGCAGUAUGACUGGGUGUUCCCCUCCUUUGGAUGCUCCUGCGUCGAUGUGCAUUACAGCAUUUGUGCAAGAAAGACCUGCUACACCCAAUCAGCUGCCUAUGGACAUCCAGAGUCAGAUCCAGCACACCCAGUCAAGCUUUAUCGAUGUUGAAUGUAAAACUGAAGUAGGCGUGUCCUCCUGUUUGCUCACGCCCACGGCCUCCCCGAGAGAAACUGCCCUGCCUGAAGAACAAGGGACGAAUGGUGAAGUCAAUAACGGAGAGUGCAUAAAGAUUGAAGGAGUCAAGGGAAGCCCAAUGGACUGGACCGUGUCUGAUGUGGUCUCCUAUUUUACCACAGCUGGUUUUCCUGAGCAGGCCACUGCCUUUGGAGCACAGGAAAUCGAUGGAAAGUCUCUGCUCCUCAUGCAGCGCAAUGACGUUUUGACUGGCCUGUCAAUCAGGCUCGGCCCUGCUCUCAAAAUCUACGAGCGCCACGUGAAGGUUUUGCAAAAGACGCACUUUGACGACGUCGACUCCACAUGA